UGGUUAGAGUGGAAAAAACCUCUAUUUUUUUUAACUACCUCCAGUUUUCUCUUUCUACCAACACUUGUGAAACUUAUCAACAGCUUAAACAAGCUUUACUGUUGGAAAAAAUUCUGAUUUUUUUACAUCAGACAAACAUGACCUCGUCAGCAAAAGGAGGACGCAGCACUGGGGCUUUCCACAGUCUUGUCAGUUUGAGAAAUCCACACAAAAAGAGGGAAAAUCAAAAAACCUGCAAAUCAGAGCCAUUUAUUAAACCAACAAUGUCCGUAAGCAUGGUGAUUUCAUAUUUCAAAUCUAAGAUCCAAAAAUCUCCGAAAGGGGAGAAAACUCUUGUGCUAAAGGAUUCAAACAAACUGGGGAAGAACAUGCAGAUGGCCAUCACAGACAACAACAAACUAAACCUACCACAGAAAAACCAAAACAAACCUGAGUGUGUUAGAAGUGAACAGAAGUCUGAAAAUGCAGGUGGUUUGAAGAUUCCCAUGAAAGGAGAACGCAGCACUGGGGCUUUCUACAAUCUUGUCAGUUUGAGAAAUCCACACAAAAAGAGGGAAAAUCAAAGAACCUGCAAAUCAGAGGCAUUUCUUAAACCAACGAUGUCUCUAAACAUGUGUGUUAGAAGUGAACAGAAGUCUGUAAAUGCAGGUGGUUUGCAGAUUCCCAGGAAAGUGUGGGAAAACCUCACAAGACCAUCAGCCAAAGUGAUUCUGGAUCCAAACAUUGCAGAUCCCACUCUCAAGCUGUCUGAGGAUGGACGCUCUGUGAGAACAAAGACCCACAAAGAGUUUCAUUCCAGCCAGAGCUUCUAUGAAUAUCACAGAAAAAGUGCACAACAGUAUAAUGGUUGGAUGUGUGUCCAAGCUAAAGAGGGCUACAGCACAGGCAAGCAUUACUGGGAAGUAGAUGUAAAAGGUAAAUGUGAUUGGAGAGUAGGAGUAGUGAAAGAGUCCGCUCCACGUUCUGGCUUUAUUAAUCUAAACACAGCAACAGGGUAUUGGACUCUGCGUCUGCAGUUAGGUUCUCUCAUAGCUCUGACUGAACCAAUCACCAAACUCAAUCAGGCACCACCUGCUAAGUUAGGUGUGCAUCUAGACGUGGAGGAAGGUCAGGUUUCAUUCUAUGAUGUGAUGAAAAGGAAAAAUAUUUACACAUUUGACACAGAAUUCAGGAAUUGUGGGAAGAUUUACCCUGUUUUUGGAACCAUGGAGACAGAUAAACCCCUAAAGAUUAUCUAAACAUGACUUUUAAUUGGUCUUUAUGUUGAUUAAAAGAAUUAUAGAAACCAUAGACAUAGUUUAAAUUUCCAGUUUUUAACCCUUGUAUGUUUUUUGUAUUUUUGUUACUCAGCCAGUGUUCGUGGGUCUGGUGGACCCGCUGCAUUUUUGGGAUUUAAUUCAACACAAUCAUGAAUUUUAUGUUAAAAUACUCUACAGAUGUUUACUUCGUCCCAAUUACAAGCAACAGCAUAUAUGAUUAAUAUUUGCCCUUUACCUUUAUUAUAUCACAUUUUUUAAUUAAAGUGCUACUCGUUUUUUGUUGUUUUUUAAUAAAAUGUAAUAAAAAAAGAAAAUCAAAACUAUUGAUGUUUAUGAAUACGGAUCCCACAGAUCCGAACAACAUACAGUACAAGGGUUAAUUAAAUUUUUCCAGUAAUAUUCACAUUUCCAUGAUACAGUGUAAUCCUUAUAGUUGAAUUUUUCUAAUAAACUGGUGAUUUUAAAUAUCUUUUGAUUUAGUUUUAUGUAGAAUUAAACAGACUAAGAAAGAAACUGCACAAAUACUUCAAAUCUUUAUUUUUCUACAUUUGUCUAAUCAUAAAUAUUUCAGAUGAUUAGUGGUGUAGGUUUUUUGUAAUACUGUGUAAGUUUUUUUCUAUACUAACACAAGGAAACUGCUAUUUGUAAAUUAUUUUCAUUUUUUAUAUCUUUUUAUUUUUUAUAUCUUUGUUUAUCUUUGUAAAUGUAAAAGGUAAAUGUGAUUGGAAAGUAGGAGUAGUGAAAGAGUCAGCUCCACAUUCUGGCUUUAUUAAUCUAAACACAGCACCAGUUUAAUCAUAAAUAUUUCAGAUGAUUAGUGGUGGAAAGUUUUUGUAUGUACUUUAAGUUUCAAAUAAUUCUUUUUGAAGUGAUUUCUAUUACAUUAAAUUCUAUACUUGUGUGAUGAAGUUAUUUUCACGGCUAUACUUUGUCUUUAUCUACCAUUUGAUAAAAUUGAUCAAACUUUUAAUGCACUUAACCCUAAAACAUGCAUAACUUUAAUACAUUAUAUAUUGAAUGUCUCUUUAUGCCAAUAUAUUGUCUAACUUUUAUUUUGUAUGAAUGAACACUCAAAAAUUGCCGUUUUGUGUAAAAAAAAAAAA